CCAUAUUUUAAGCUCACAGAAAAUUAAAAAAAAAAUCUAGAAUAAAUAAAAAAUUAAUUCAAUCCCCCCCUGGAGACUUACAAUGACGCGAGCCCUCUUCAUUGCCUCCAUCGGCAACGGGCAUCCCUACCGCUUCACUCGCCACAGCGCCGGCCAUGUUCUGCUCGACGCUCUACGGCCUCUCCUUCUCACUCGCGCGCCCUUCACCGAUCGCACUGCCUUCUACGAAACAUGGUACAGUCCCUCGUAUAUGAACGAGUCCGGGCCGAAGCUGGUCCGCCAGCUGGACCGGUUCCUCUCGAAACAGGCCGCAGCGGCAAGGGGAUCGUCGUCGUCUGCUACACCGGUCCAGUCGACGCUGGUCAUCCUUCAUGACGAACUAGAGGCAGCGCCGGGGAAACUGCGUGUGCGGAGAGGCGGCCCGGAACAGUUCAGUCUGCGUGGUCAUCGGGGAUUGAUCAGUGUGAUGGAAUCCCUGCGCGGGAAGAAAUUAUAUCCUCCAGCCAGUUCGAACACUACAGUUGCCAGCGGCGCUGGCUCGCUGUCGAUUCUUCGCGUCGGGAUCGGGAUCGGGCGUCCUGACACUCGAGGCAAGAACGACGUGGCAGAGUAUGUGCUCACGCCAAUGAGCCAGACGGAGCUGGAUGCCGUCAAGAAGGUGGCCGGGGAGACUGCAGAUGUCCUGGCGAAGGAGUUUGACGUGGUAUUAUAGACUGUACAAGAGAUUGAUGUACUGUACAGCAUGACUGUAGAUAGAUCGAUGUUCCGUACAGCAUGACUAUAGAUUCAUGUUCUGUACAGCAUGGCUGUAAACGAUGCUCUGCACAAAUGACUAGAUUGAUGUACAUAGGUAUCAAAGUUGGAACUUGGUUCUCUCUUUCUCCAAUCCCCCCUUCCACU